AUGGCGUCCCCCACCGCCACCGCCACCUUACUCGCCGUCUUCCUGCUCGUGGCGUCGGCGUCCACGGCGCCGGCGCGGUCCUGCUCACCGAGCGACCUGCACGCGCUGCUGAGAGUGAAGCAGGCGCUGGGCAACCCGGCGACGCUGUCGACGUGGACCGCGUCGUCGCCCAACUGCUGCGCGUGGGACCACCUCCGGUGCAACGACGCCGGGCGCGUGAACAACGUCUUCAUCGACGCCGCGGACGACGUGCACGGCCAGAUCCCGUCCGCGGUGGGCGGGCUCACGGAGCUCAUGUCGCUGACCCUGUUCAAGCUGCCGGGGCUCACGGGCUCCAUCCCGACCUGCCUCACCGCGCUGUCCAAGCUGGAGUUCCUCACCAUCUCCCACACCAACGUCUCCGGCGCCAUCCCGGAGUCCCUGGCGCGGCUGCGCAGCCUCGACUCCGUGGACCUCUCCAGCAACCAGCUGACGGGCGGCAUCCCGUCAGCGUUCGCCGACCUGCCCAACCUCCGGUCGCUGGACCUCCGGCACAACCAGCUGACGGGCACCAUCCCGACGGGGCUGGUGCAGGGGCAGUUCCGGUCGCUGAUCCUGUCCUACAACCAGCUGACGGGACCCAUCCCGCGCGACGACGCGCACGACGAGAUCAACACCGUGGACCUCUCCCACAACAAGCUCACCGGCGACCCCUCCCACCUGUUCGUUGCCGGCCGGCCCAUCGGCAAGGUGGACCUGUCGUGGAACUACCUCGACUUCGACCUCAGCAAGCUGGUGUUCCCGCCGGAGCUGACGUACCUGGACCUGUCCCACAACCAAAUCCGGGGCACCGUGCCGCUGUCGCUGGAGCACCUGUCCACGCUGCAGAAGCUGGACCUCAGCUACAACCGCCUGUGCGGGCCGCUCCCCAAGGGCCACGGCGUGAUCAAGCACGGGUGCAAGCCGUACGCGCACAACCAGUGCCGCAAAGGGACCCCGCUCGCGGGGUGCCAGGACCUGGAGUGA